CCGGCAUGUAGCUCCCUUCAGAGGAAUCUUGGCCGCCGCCUCCUUCCCUGGAACAGAAAUGUCAACAAGGGUCCAACCCAUUUCUCCAAGGUGGCUGAGCAGAGAUGCAACCUGCUGACAUAAAACUUGAAGUCCUCAGCACUCGAUCCCCCUGUUGUUGACCCUGGCGCAGCUGACAGUGAAACCAUGGCUCAUGAUAACCCACGUUUCCAGGCUGAGGCCUCGCAGUCAGAAAACAAGGAGGAGGAAGCCGUGAACAGUGAGUCCGGCGCCUUAGACUGUGUAAUCUGCUUCACUCCCUAUGACCGGCUCUUCAAAGUACCCAAGGAACUGAGCUGUGGCCACAUCUUCUGCCUGGAGUGCCUGGCACGCAUCAACGUCUCUUCUGAGGAUGUGAAUGCCCUCACCUGCCCGGUCUGCCGGGCGCCUACCAGCCUUCCUUCCCGCAAGGGGCUGCCCGGCCUUCCCACACGCAGUGACCUGCUGGAGCAACUGUCAGCCAUGCCCGCCCCCCCAGGCUCAGUGCGCUUUGACCGUCGCCGGGGUUUGCUGUACCUUCCUGGGGGGCGCAAGGGAGUUCCUCAAGUCGGGGCCAAGCCAGGGGCUCCCCUCAACACUGUCAGUCUGAGUGUUGAUGUUGGGAGGCCAGCACCACGAGGACCAGGCCGAAUGCUGAGUCUCUCUGGCUGGCCCUUCUAUGUGGCCCUGGCAAUAGCCCUGCUGGUCACCAUUGGCUUAAUUAUCUGUGGCAUCUAUAUCUUUCUGUUACCAUCCAUGUAUACUGUUGCAUUGACAGGGCAGCCACCAGGAAAUCACAGCCAAGGGCAUGGUGGAGGAAACCACUCCAACUUCUGGCUGAACUCUCGCCCGCCAAUGGGCUAAGUCCUGCCAUCUGCAGUGUGACUAUACUAACUGCAGCCCGUUUGCACAGUUUGCUUUCUCAGGGAAUCAAACCUUCCUGGGCAUGGCAGUUGCAUUGGCACUACCACAGGAGGGGAGGGGAAGAGAUCAUAUAGCCUGGAUAAUGCAACAUGGAUUGGUUACCCUUUAAUUGCCCAGUUGUGCUUAGAUCUAGAGAGGUGAGACCGAAGUUGGGUUUCCAGCUUCUUGAUGCACGUGUGAAUCUACUUGACUCAUUGUGAAUACAGGAGCGAGAGUUCCUCUGGCAUAAUUAAUGUCUCCAAGGAUGGGAAUGUAGGUGCAAAGUCAUAUUGCAUGCUUUUAACUCCCAGGUUAGUUUGGAGUAAUUGGUACCAUUAACCCUCCUGGCUCUAUAUUUGCAAUUAUGAACCAGGUUUUCCUCCUGACCGUCUCUGAAUCUGCAUUGAGCCAAAAUUCAAACAGUAAAGAUUUUACCUAGUGAGGAAAUGCAGUAAAGGGGGAAAGUUUUCCUCUGUCAAACUGUUAUCUGUCCUGUGUCUGUUAAAAGCAUGGGAGCUCUGCCAGGAGGGGAAAAGUGGUAACCUGGUUAUAUCAACUAUGAUAAUCUAGCUUGGGUUUCCUUCUUUCAAACAGUCGUGACUGUUGUUUGGGGCUGGCAACUGGCCAGAAAAAAUAGCUGACCUGGCGUGCUCUUGUGCUUAUUAACAUCAGUUUGAUCUCUAGAAAUGGUAGCCUGCAGCUACGAUUAUCAUCUGCUGGUUUCUGCCAAAUUGCUGUUGAAGGUACAGCUGCUGAUUUGGAAAUCUUUGUAUUUUCAGACUUUCAUAUCUACCCCUCCCCUCAUUUUGAUGGUGGGCAGUACACCCAUUCCAUCUCAAUUGCUUCUCUGAUGAAGCUGAAAUACUGUUUAUCCCUAUC